CAUUUUAAGUGGAUGAGUUUCAUUUUACAGCGCAACUGUAGGACGGAGAAUCUCAGGACACAAUUUCAACCUAUUUCUCUAACAACUGUUAGUGGGGAAUUGACUACUAUGAACUGAAACUCUUCCUUAAACCAUUAACAAGUACUGUAGAUCCAAGUUAAGUGACGCAUAAGCCAGUAGAGUUGUAAUUUUUUUUGCACCUAAAUGUAGCUAGAGGAAAUGGCUGUGGAAAGCAUGACUGUCCAUCCAAACUCCCCAACAACAACCAACCACGAACACAGUCUUCUCACUGACGAAAGACGUGAGGAUGGUGAGCUGGAAGAGGGGGAGCUGGAGGAUGAUGGUGGAGAGGUGGAGGUGGCAGAGGAGCCCAGCACCGGGGGAGGAGGAGAAGAUGGAGGUGAAGGUGAAGAAGCAACAGKAGCAGAGGCGGCCCCCCCAGAGAAAAUUCACCGUAGCAAAGAGCGCCACGCCAGCGGCGACGAGAAGGACGACGAGAAGGCCCGCCGCCACAAGAGGAAGAGGAAAAAAGAGAGGGAGCGGGAGAAGGAGAAGAGGAGAGCCAAGAAGAGACGCAAAUCCAAGCACAAACGUCAUGCCUCCUCCAGUGAUGACCACUCAGACUUUAGCGACGACUCUGACUACAGCCCAAGUGAGAAGAGGAAGUAUCGGGARUAUAGCCCUACGUACCCCCCUUCUUCCCUUGGAGGUUACCCAGCAGCCCCGUCCUCUGGCCACGGGGGCCCCAUGCCUAAGAAGGGCAGCUACGUAAAGAUGGACAAGCAAAGCUACGGGGGCUACGGCGAUUAUGAAGAGGAGAACUACGAGGGAGAGGAGGAUGAGGAGAUGGGCGAUGAAGACUACGAUGACUUCACCAAGGAGCUCAACCAGUAUCGCAAGGCCAAGGAGGGAGGCAGCGGCGAUGGAGGUGGAAGGGGCAACUGUCGCGGGGGCAGAGGUAGAAAAAAUGGGGUCAGAGGAGGUAAAGGUCGUAUGAAGAACCAGCGAGGUCGAGGAGGCAUGAGAGGAGGGCGUGGAGGUAGAGGAAGAGGAGGGAGCAGGGGUCGGGGACGAGGGGGCAAGAUGGGCGGAGACAAUGAGGACGGAGAAGGGAUGAUGUAUGGAGGAGGAGGAGGAGGAGGAGGAGGAGGAGGAGACGAGAUGGAGUAUGGAGAUGAUGACUAUGACCACAUGGGUGAGGAUGACUAUGAUGAAUACUCUCAGUACAGGAAGUCCAAAGACCGUGGAAGGGGUGGUAAAGGUGGGCGGGGGCGGGGCCGGGGGAAACAGGGGCGUGGUAUGAACCGGGGAGGCCGAGGGAGGAACCGGGGGAGAGGCCGAGGGGGCGGAGACCAGGGUCACGAUGAGGACAACAAUGGAGACAAUGGGGACAUGGGGGAUGGAGGAGGAGGCCAGCACAACAAGCACCAGGGGGACAAGCACCAAGACAAGAAAGGGAAAGCCAUCUGCAAGUACUACAUGGAGGGCCGCUGUACUUGGGGGGAACACUGCAACUUCAGCCACGACAUUGAGCUGCCCAAGAAGAAAGAACUCUGCAAGUUCUACAUCACCGGCUUCUGCGCGCGGGCUGAAAACUGCCCCUACAUGCAUGGUGAUUUCCCCUGCAAGCUGUUCCACACCACCGGGAGCUGUGUGAAUGGAGACGAAUGCAUGUUCUCCCACGAGCCUCUCACCGACGACACCCAAGACCUGCUAAACAAGAUGCUGGCGGAGGAUGCCGAGGCUGGAGCUGAGGAUGAGAAGGAGGUGGAGGAGCUAAAGAAGCAGGGGAUCAACCCCCUUCCCAAGCCUCCUCCUGGGGUGGGCCUGCUCCCGACACCGCCCAGACCAGGGCCACCCGACAACUCUGGCCCUGGGGACUUUGGAUCUCCUGGACCACCACAGGGCCCCAUGUCCCCCAACGGCCUCCCCGGCCCAGGGCCUAACCAAGGGCCCGGUCCCUGUCCUGGUCCCAUUCCCGCCUACCCAGACAGUUGCACCUACCAGGGCCCUCCCAACCCCAAUGGUCCCGCACCCCCAUCCAUGGGCCCACCACCCCCCUGUCCUGCCAAUGGAGGGAAGAAGAUCCCCUCGUUGUUUGAGAUCAAGGUGCAGCCCACGGGACAGCUAGCUCAGAAACUAGCUAAUCACAGAGGUCAGACCCCAGGAACUGCCACAGGCCAAGCUGGCGCCACUGGCCCCCAAGGGCACCCCGGUGGGCCUGGUGGGCCUCCGCCUCGGUUCCCUCCACCUGGCAUGAUGCCCCCAGACAUGUCCAUGGGUCCUCCCCCACCCAUGGGCCCUGGAGGACCCCCCAUGAUGCCAGGCUUUGGCCCAGAAGGGGGGCCUAUGAUGCCCCCCGGACCUCCUCCAGGGGGUAACUUCUUUGAUAACUUCUUCAACCAGCAGCAAGACAUGAAUAUGGACGGGGUGGUGGAGGAAGGUGAUCACUUCCAGGGCUUUGGAGGGAUGGACGUGAAAGAAGCAAGAGGAUCGGGAGGAAACCAGAGCUCCGUGGGAGGCCCCGACGUCCCCGCAAACGGAGGCUCGGCCAAUCAGCAGGCGGGGAUGGGAGUGCCUGACUUUCUGCCGCCGGCCCAACGCAUGCUGUUCAUGAGAAUUCAGCAGAAACAGCAGGAGGACGAGGAGAGGGCCAGACUUGCCAAGGGGGUAGGAGAGAGGGACGCGGAAGGUGACUCAGCUAACUGGUACUCCAGUGAGGAUGAGGAUGGAGGCGGCAGUGUCACAUCCAUCCUGAAGACGCUCCGCCAGCAGAGCCAGGGGCCCCCCAAACCUGAGGGUCCUCCCAGCGACCCCCGCCUCCAGAAAGGCUCCCCAGCGCACCCCUCCAUCCGACCGGCGGACUCCCGUCAGGGGGACCCCCGGCUGGCUCGCGACCCCCGCCUCUCCCGGGCCACAGACUCUGCCCAGGCGUUGGACUCUCCCAACCCCUCCUUGGCCACCGUCACCCCUGCAGACCCACGCCUGGCACGGCUCGCUACCGCCACCCUCACCCCCAAACCAGACGCCCCCCUGGUGUACAAGCCCCCGCCCCUCACGGCUCCCCCUGCAGAGGAGGAGGAGACAGAGAGGGUUCUGAGGGACAAGCCUGUGCCCAUCCCCCUGGACCCCCUUAUGGGCAUGGCCCUGAGGGACCCACGCUCCCAGCUGAAGCAGUUCAGCCACAUCAAGAAGGACAUUCUCCUGCACAUGCCCCCGUACGCUAAGACAGUGACAUGGAACCCUGAGGACCUCAUCCCCAUCCCAAUCCCUAAACAGGACCUCCUCCCCCUUCCCCCAGGCAUCCCCCCUGUCUCAGCCCUGGACCCCCGCCUCUCACGCAGCCAGCAGCGGAUCCACACGGCCCUCCCCCCUACCCCACCCAUCCCCCGUGUCCUUUCUACGCUCCGCCAGCAGAGCCAGGGGCCCCCAAACCUGAGGGUCCUCAGCGACCCCCGCCUCCAGAAAGGCUCCCCAGCGCACCCCUCCACCGACCGGCGGACUCCCGUCAGGGGGACCCCGGCUGGCUCGCGACCCCCGCCUCUCCCGGGCCACAGACUCUGCCCAGGCGUUGACUCUCCAACCCCUCCUUGGCCACCGUCACCCCUGCAGACCCCGCCUGGCACGGCUCGCUACGCCACCCUCACCCCAAACCAGACGCCCCCCUGGUGUACAAGCCCCGCCCCUCACGGCUCCCCUGCAGAGGAGGAGAGACGGAGAGUCUCUCGCAUCCUCAAGACUGUUAACGCCUCAUCCAGCCCCUCGCAGUCAUCUCCUCCUCUCCCCCUCGUCCCUCCAACAACCCUCUUGCCGGCGCCUCCUGCUUUGUUGCCCACCCCUGUCGACAAGCCCGUCGAUCCUCGAAUGUCCCGCAAAGCCCCCGCUGACCCCCGGCUCCAGCCGCAGAAAUCUGUCCUGAAGCAGCCUUCAGAGUCCCCUGUCCCCCCUCUGACGGUCACCCCGGCAGCCCCUCCACCCACCUCCGGCUCCUCCUCCCCCACCAUCGCCCCCUACGACCCUCGGCUACUGUCUGCAGGUGGAGUGGGUCGUGGAGGGGGAGCGGGUGUAGCUGGUGGCAGCAGUGUGCUGAGUGGUAUCAGUCUUUAUGAUCCCCGGACUCCUGGUGCAGGUAAACUUGAGGGCCCUGGUGCUGCCACAAACACUACCCCCAGCAGCGGCCCCACAGAGCCCAAACCCAGUGAGGCGGCACCAGCCAAGCCCAAGGCCAAGGAGCCCCUGUUUGUCCGUAAGUCUGCCCUGGACCAGCCGGAGCCAGAGAAGAGCAGCGAGCAGUCCACUGACCGAUACAACAGCUAUAACCGGCCCAGGCCCAAGCCUGCACCCUCGCCCUCCACCGGGCCCCCCGGAGGUCCUGCUGCCUCUGUCUCCUCCACGGCCGGACAGGGCCCCCCUGGUGGUGCUGAGCAGGCCCCGGCGGGCGUCCACAACCUGCCUGUGUCCUCGCUCUUCAGCAUGGUGAAACAGGCCAGCAAGCCCAGCGGGUCCGGCAGCCCUUUUGGUGGGAACAGCCCUGCCCAGCCUGGCGACACCACCACCACCACGGAGCAGGACAAUGCUUCUCUGAAGGAGGUUUUCAAAGGCUUUGACCCCACGGCAUCACCGUUCUGCCAGUGAUAUCUGAGCCUAUCCUGAUCGAACAUUGUUUUAGAGACGAACACUGAACGCAUCAGCAAGGAGCGCACUGAGGCAGAAGUUGGACUGGCCACAGACUGUGAACGUUUGAACAUGUUGCUCAGGCGUCACACCUGCAGUGUUUGCUAAUGAGAUUCUAUAACAGACUUUGGGGCCGGGGAGGGAGGGGGUGUG